GCUUUUAUUUUGAAUUCGGAAACGGGAAGUGAAGCAGCUGCAGUCAGAAGAUCUGCAGUUUACAGAUAUUGACACAAACCCUCUAAAACUCGCUCGAAAUCAACCUGCCAGUAAUGAGAAGCACGGCAUGGCAGACAGACAGGACAAUGAGGUGGAGGAGGCUGAGCAGGUGUACCUGCUGAUGAAAGAGGAGUACAGGAUAUCACGCAACGUGCGUCUGUCCUGGUUCCUCAGCCGGCUCAAUCAGGUCGUUCGGCCCAGUCCUCCGUCUGAGCUGCUGAAGUCAGAGAACGAGCUGGAUGUUUUGAGCAUCCUCCCAAAAGGAUGGCAGCCCGACUCUCCUUCCUCGUCCUGCCCGUGUCUGCUGGUUCCCUCCACACGCGUCACCUUCCUGGCGCGCAGGUACCGCUUCAUCAUCGAGCUGGACCUGAGCCCGUCCACCGGGAUCGUGGACGACAGCACUGGAGAGAUGAUCUUUGAUGAAGUCUUCCACGCUCUGUCUCGGUGUUUGAUUGGUUUGGCAAAACCCUUUAAAGUCCCAGGAACUGAUCACGUGUUCCAGCCAGAGAUCUUCAUCACUAUUCUGGCGUAUUCCUCCAUCAUUGGCCUUAGUUCUCAUCAGGUGUUGGUUCAGGGCUGUCAGCUGGACUGUAUGGAUUUGGAGCAGUUCUUGCAUCAGAUCUAUCAGCAGCUGAGAGCCGUGGAGAGCAGCAUCGCUGACGUCCUACAGCAGCACCACAAUCAGUUCAGUGGAACUGUCUAUCAGUCCUUCUCUAAUGAUGCUGCGGAGGAUCUGUCUCAGAGGAAGCCGGGGGUUUCCAUGGUGACGGCAGACGUCGGGCUGGUCACCAUGGUGAGGCAGGGGAUUCUCGCGCUGCAGCUUCUGCCUCCAAACUCUGGUGCAGGUAUAAUAAUCAUCACAGAUGGAGUGACGAGUGUUCCUGAUGUAGCUGUGUGUGAAACACUACUGAACCAGCUGAGAAGUGGAACCAUUGCCUGUUCGUUUGUCCAGGUGGGCGGGGCUUACUCCUAUGACUGUAGUUUUGGCUACAUCCCCAAUGUGGAGCUGAUGAAGUUCAUCUCCAUGGCAACCUUUGGCUCCUACCUCUCCAUGUAUCCAGAGUCCGACUCUACGGGCGACGAGAUGAACGCUUACCACCGCGCCUUCCUCACAUACUCCUUCCUGAGGACCGGCGAGUCCAUGAACCCAGAGUACUACUGCUUCUCCCAGCACAGGCUCUUUAAUGAACACCUGGUGUCAGCCAGUGGAAACCCCGCCUUAGUGAUGCGCAGGAAGAAACACACGGAGAAGGAAGUGCACGCGGACUUGAUCAGUGUCCUGUCCAUCAGACUGCGAGAGGGAUACACCAUCCGAGAGAUCAACAUCACUAAAGGAGGAAGUCAGCUGGAGGUGAAGCUGGUCCUCCUCUGGAAGCAUAACAUGCGUAUCGAGUACCUCGCCGUGGCGUCCUGGCCCCUGAAUCCAGUCAAACGCACCACCUGGGUGGAGGUGACCAUAGAGGGCAGCUACGACAUCCUCCAUGACAUCAGCUGCACCAUGAGGAAACCAAUCACAAGCCCCUACCGCACGUCUGUCAUCCGCCGCUUCUGGAACACUCUGCAGAGCAUAAAUCAGACAGACCAGAUGUUGGUGCACCUGCAGUCCUUUAAUUCCAUCCCAGAACACUACACCAUCCCCGAAAGCACGAAAAAUGGGGUUCCUCUGUUUUACAUCCCACCUGGAUCCACCACACCGGUCCUCUCCCUCCAGCACAGUGGCUCUAAAGACUCCAGCCAAUCACAGUUUUCCUCCUACUGGAAGCCCAUCCUGUCCAUGGACGCUAACUUCUGGCAGCGCUGGCUGCACAUGCAUCGCAUCGCUAUCAUUCUGGAGCAUGACAUCCCGGUCCCAAAGCAUGUGCACAACGCUGGCAAUAACGGUAGCUUCAGUACCAUCCCGUGUCGCAUCUCUCACUCAGCGCUCACCUCGCUGCUCAGGGACUGGAGCAGUUUCGUCCUGGUGGAGGGAUACUCAUACGUCAAACUUAUUUACAGUGCCUCUGAGCUGCCCCCCGUCUCCUUCUAUCUGGUGCGUCUGAUCUCUAAAGCUCCCUGCAUGGUGCUGCGACUGGGCUUCCCGAUAGGAACUCUGGCACACACCAGGAACAAGAUUGUGGACGAACUUCGAGAGCAGAUCCUUCAGCUGCGGUUCCCUCACCGAGUCCAGAAUAAGGAGGCCACGCCAAAAACCAAACGGAAGAUUCUGGGUAACGCGUCGCCCUCCAAGUCCCCGCCUCUUCCUGUGCCCAAACCGGCGCUGUCUGACCGGCCGUGUGUGGUGGUGCUCAACAAACCUCUCGAAAAACUACUGAUCAGGUACGAGAAACUUCCGUCAGAUUUCCGCACCCCUUUCAUCUUAAACAUGGAGCCGUUCGCUCAGCCUCCCAUCAUGGGCGCCCCUCUCAGCAUGGCUGCCAGCAGGACGGCGUCCUCCACCAUGGUGUCUCUGUCCCGUUACUUCCUGCACCAGCGCUGGGUUUGGGCCGUGCAGAACGGCCCGGGAACCGCCGUGUCACUACCCGCAGUCGCUCAUAUCCUCUCCAUGCUCUCUGACAUUCGUCUUUCUGAAGGCUUCCACUUUGCCGCCAGUGGAGAGGGAAUCGUCAACAUGGUGGCAGAACUGCCAAUGCAGGUGAAAAGUCCGUCAGCUGAUUUGGACGGAGAAAAACACACCUGCAUAGUCCAGUACAUCCUUUUUCCACCUCAUUCCACUUCUACCAAGGACAGUUUCUCCACAGAUGAUGACAAUGACACUGAGGUGGAGGCCAUAGAUGUGGACACAGAGAUGAGUUUGGUGACGGAGUGCUGGGUGGAGCCUCAGAGCGGAGCCGUGUGCAGCUCACUGGAGCAGCAGAGACACUUUCAGAAGCUCACCUAUCAGGAGAUCCCUCAGGCCAUUUUUCCCCGUGAUCUGUCGUGCAUGACGACGAUGAUCACGUUCGAAUACCUCAUCCAGCUGUGUCGGAAUAAAGAGCAGGUGUGUCCUCUCAGCAGCCUCAGAGAUGCUCCAGGUGCUGCUGCUGAUGACUGCAUACACACUGUGCCUUUCCAGUUCGACCUGAUGAAACUCCUGCCCAAGUGCCAGCAGAUCGAGCUCUUCUUCUACACCUUCAGCCGUGAGGGGCAGGCGGACGCCUCCCGUAGCGCCUCCUCUCUGCCCAACGACCUCCUCCUCAGCCUCUUCCACGGCUCCCUGCAGAGCGAGCUCAGCGAUCGAGAGAUCCUGUUGACUGACGGCGAUCACGUGGCGUUCAUGCAUCACAUCCUAGAGCGGGAAAGAGAUGGCCAUGUGGCUCCAUUCUCACUUCCUGUCAUUAAAGAGGAGAGCUUGAAGCCUCUGGAGAGGCAGGACACUGUUCUGUCCUUCCACACGAUUGGAAGCAGUAAAGAGGUGACGGGCUCCUCCAGCACGCUGCAGAGCUUCAGUAAUGCAGAUCUUGUGGAUGACGAGCCAGCUGGCGUGGAGCAGGACAGUAUAUCUCCUCACUGGAAAUGUUACGCCAAAUACAUCAGUCCUCAGCAGAUCCUGCUCACUUUCCUGCCAGCUACAUUCACAGAUGUGCAGAUUUUGAUGUCUUCUGGGCUGGAAACUGAACCUCCAAUCAGCAGCAGUCUCCUGGAUGAGGAGGAGACCUGUAGUCACGGCAACGGCCAAUCACAGGCAGACUCCUUCAGCAGCUCUGCCAAUGGUCCACAGGUUGGAAGAAGUCAACAUGGAGAAGAUAGGACGGCGUCCACAGAGGAACCAGAAGCAGCGCUGGACACGUCUGCAGGACAGAGCAACAUGAACACAAGCGAAACUGCUUCAGAAGAGAAGGACGGCAUUCAGUUUGUGGAGCCUCAGAAGCGAGACUGUCACAUCACGUUCAGCAGACAGGUGUCUCAGCAGAGCGGCGCCGACGCAGCACGACCCCGCUGCCCCAUCUACAUCUACAACUGCUCCCUCGAGUCCCUGAAAGAGCAGCUGGUCCACCCGCGCUCAGGACGCCAGCCCAGAGACGUCUUCUUCAGAGCUCAAGAGACAGACACCUGGGAGUUCAGUCAGCAGCCCAAAUACAGGUCAAUCUCUCAGGACCGCAGCAGCGCCUCCUCCUGGACGGAGCUCAUGACACAACCUCACAAACACAAAGAACUGGCCAACUACUGCAGCCUGCUACAGGAGCACUACUACCAGAGCUAUGUCAAAGGUGUUUAUCGCAGUCUGCAGCAGUCACACAAUGUGAGCUCCCAGGACCUACUGACGGCUAUGGACUACUGCGAGGAGUCGCUGCAGGAGAUCGACAUCACUUCCUUCCUGCAGACGCUCUGCGGACACGUGCGUGUGUUUCGAGAGCGUCACGAGCUGCAUGGCUCUGUCAGCGUAAGCAAGUCCAGUGACGCUUCCACCACCUUCGUCAUCGGAGAAGGAGAGGAUGAUGGAGCUGACAGAGCCACGCUGGUGUCUUCAUCCAGUAUUGAGCUGGAGGAUGUGAGUGAAGCCGAUUCCAGAGGGAAGGUCUCUGCUCCCACAUCCCCGCUGGACCUGGACGAACCCAAGUCUCCAAAAAUCCCAGAAUUCCCUCUGUCGCUCCUCCAGUCCCAGCAGAAAUGUGAUGUGUAUCCUGAUUUGCACAAAAUCAUACAGGACAAGUUCAUGGAAAUUGGUGCUCAGUAUUUCAAGACUGUACCGUCCAAUCCACAUUAUUUCUUUUACUGCCUUCCAUCUUCCAAAAAAGAGGAGGAUUUGGACCGAGAGGGAGAGCGGAGAGCCAGUGAGGACUGUGAGGUGUCUGAAGCUGAACUCGCCACAGAAGACGAGAACGUGUCGGGCUGCUGCAUCGUGACGGAGAGUGACACGGAUCUGGAGGUGGAGUAUCAGGAUUGUGGGAAUGGCAGAGUGGAGGCUGGAGGACAGGGAGCAGGCGAAGGCGAGUCUCCGUCGGACUCCAACACGGUGAACCAGGACGAGGAUUCCUUCAGUAUUCUGGACGGAGACUCUCUGCUGGAGGUGGAUGGUCCGCAGCCGGAGAUGCCUCCUCUGUUCGUGCACCUCACCUGCUCCGUCAACAUGAAGAGCUGCCAUGGCUCCAUGCCCACGCAAACACUGCCAACCUGUCUGGGUGAAGUCAUUUCCUGUCUUGAGAACGCUGAGAAUGUUCAGUCGGUGGAUUUAAACGAGUUGUCUGUCACUCUGGAUAUCUUCGUGCUCACGUUGCCUCUGGAGAUCGAGGUCAUGGCUCCGGACUUCCACCACAACAGGUACACGUCUGAGAGCAGCGUGUCUCUGAACCGCUCUCCUGGACAGCCCUCCUCCUAUCGCUCUGACGAGGAGCUCAUGGCCAAUCUGGACGGCCUGCGCGGGGUCGGUGUGGAAAGUAUGUCUGGAGAUCCCUUGUCCAAACUUCCUAUUCCACACAAAAUGGCUGUUUUAGCCACCAUGGAUGAGAUCCGUUGGCUGUUGGAGGAUGAGAUAGUCUCCGCUCUGCGGCACUCGUCUGUUAUCAGCUCCUCCACGCUGCAGAAAGUGUCGGAGCACGUGUGUCGCUCCAGCGGCCGGCCGCAGUGCCACUGUGAGGUCGUUCCUCUGCAGUUCGUAUUUGGUCCCGAGCAGUCGCUGGAAAAGUUUCAAGAGGAGUUCAAGAGGUUAUCGCUUCCUGGUUACCUGCUGAACGCGGAGCAGCACAACUUCCACUACGUCUCACUGAGUCGGCAGCAGUCUCACAGGCUCCAGGCCGCGAGACAGCUGUCUAACAUCGCUGCUCAGUACUCAAGCUCUCAGCAAACCAGCCUGUGUCCUGAGGUGGAGGACGGAGUCAGAGCAUCAGCAAACAUCUGCACGCCAGACAAAGACAGAGAAAGGGACUCCAAGAAAAAAGAGCCUGACGCUGAGCAGGUGGAGUGUGGAGACACGCAGAGGGCCGAUGAGGACACGCGUCCUGCAGCAGCUGAUUCAGCCAGCGAGUCUCUCUCUGAGACCUCUGACCCCGGGCCGAUCAAGCAGGCCGACGCGGAGGAGACUCGCCCUCAGAGUGCCAUCGGCGCCGCUGCUCACCUGCAGUCUGAUCACACGUCCCCUCCAAAAACCCCCUCCGCUGCCAGCCUGGCCGAGUCUGUGCAGUCCACCACACACAGCAGUGGGAAACUGCGUCCCAGUCGAGUUCAGAGCGUGGUCUCCAGUCAGGGCAGCCUGGACUCAGACAUGCUGGGUUAUGACGGCGGCAGCAGUGAUUCUGAGUGCGACGGACCCACUAUGAAUGAGCAGGAGAGACAGACGCCGCUCAUGCCUGAUUUCUGGCUCAUCAUCAGAAUCCAUCAGGACAGAGUGGAGGUUUUCUCUCACGCCAGGAGUUUUAACAGAGGGAAAGAGGAGGAAGAGGAGGAGAUCCCAGAGUACCUGCGUCUUCAUCAGCUGGUGGUGAGGAGGAUUGGAGAAAUGUGCCGAACAGUCAACCAGCGCCUCCUGCUGCAGGACCUGCACGAUAGUCGCGUGUGUCACUCUCUCCUGGUGGCUCACACUCGGCCCAGGAUGACCAACUCUGACGACUACAAUGCAGACGAGAGCUAUCAGCCGCGGGACUAUCUUGCGGCCACCAUGCAGUUCAUCCCGGGUUACUUCGCCUGUGACGUGGUCUGGAGCACCGUUAUUUAUAUUCACCCGCGCCUCAAAAUGGGGCCAAACAUGGGCGUGUCCCGGGCUAUCCAGGCCCUGCGCUCCGUUCUAAACGCUUUCUGUGUGGUAAACCGCAAAAACAUGUUUGUUUAUCAGGAGCGCACCACCAAAUCUGUGUUCUACCUCCGGCUCUCCGAGACGUCUCAGGCAGGAAAGUACAGUGAUUUGGAUGGGAACGUGCACGUGUCGCGCUCUGUGGGUCUGGCCCGCAGCCAGGAGCCGCUGGGCUCUGAGGACCCCGCGGCCUCACGCUCAUCUCUGGAAGGCUCAAGGCCGGUUGGACUGGUGGACAAACACAUUUUGCUGCAGGUGCACGGCGUAGGGACCGCAGGUCCAGAGAUCACGGAUGAAUUGGUGAAGGUUCUGAGGAAGCGUCUGGACGAGGCCACGCUGGACAUUAUUACAGUCAUGCUGGUCAGGAACUGCAAACUGACGCCUGCAGACGUGGAGUUCAUUCAGCCUCCCGGCUCUCCGGCGACGGAGGUGAUGGAGUUCGGUCUGCCUCAGUACUGUGUGCCGUGGAUCCAGGCGGUGGCUCACUACCUCCGUCAGAACCUCCUCAUCUUCCUCCACAUCCCCAAAUACACCGACAGCAACAUGGAGCACCACUUUAAGCAUUACUUCCAUUUGAGCAGCGAGCUGCCCGAUCAUGACAUCUAUCUGUACAAUAAACCUGGAGGCCAGGGCACAGGAGGCAAAGGAAUCGCCUGCAUCGUGCUGUCGUUCGUGGACGCUAAAGGCUGUGCGCUGCAGGUUCCCGCUCAGGACGGCAGCGCUCCGGCUCUCAGAGGAGACGUCUCCAGCAUCUCCCUCCAGCCGGACCAGUUCGAGGCCUUGACCACUGUUGUCAAAGUGGACACAGAUGCAGCCGUGCGUGUGCGCUUCGACGUGUGGGAGCAGGGUAACAUCAGCCCGCUGCAGCUGACCGACCGGCUCCGGGCGGCCCUACGCCACGCCCUCUGCGACGUCGUCAUGGAGAUGCGUGUGCUGCCCAACCCGUUGUGUCUGGACACCUUCUGCCUGCCUGCUGCCGCCCAGCGGGACGAGAGCACAGUUCCCUUGAGUCUCCUGCAGUCUGAAGGUAAGGAGGUGAAGGAGAGCGUUCGGCGGCUCAGUGGAGCUCAUGGGCUCAAGAGCAGUCCGUCUCCCAUCAGCCUGAGUUCUGCUCCCAGCUCCACCCCGACCACAGGAACCAGCACACCAGAGUCCACCACACCCACCGGCAAAACCACCCGCCGCAGCUUCUGGGAAAUACUGAGUAAACCAGAAACUUCUGAGCUUGGCAGUCCGAAGACGACGGAUGACAUCGUACCGGAGCGUGUCGAGGACAGUCGCGUGAACCGACGGAGACACAAGACGGAGAGCGUCAAACAGCAGUGGAACCACGAGAAAGCCAUGGCAGUCGAGCAAGAGCAGGCCCAGAGGAGACAUGCAGUGCAGCUGGAGGAGGGUGAUACAGGCACUCUUCAGCCCGUCUUCCAGACCACGUACCUGCCCUGGGUCACCUUCAUGAACAGACUGGGUUGUCCGUCCAUCCAGCACUGUUCAGCUGAAGUCUCGCAUCACUUCCUCCUGCCCUCCAUCCUCACAGAGAUCGUCAACCUGGUCAGCUCACUGGCCAGCGACACGGCGGUCAAAGUGUUUGAAAGAAGCAGCUGUCCUCAGGGAGACAUCUAUGUCCCCCUGUCAAUCAUCCAGCACAUCAGCCAACCACCUGGCACCACCAGGAGCUUCAUUCUCAUUGGUCGCAACUUCAGCCAAUGGCAUUGCAGUACAGAGCAAGCUCACAAGGGCAUGCAGCGGUUCGAGGCUUUGGAGCACAGUGAUUGGCUGAGCCCGGGACAGGCUGUGAGGGGCGUGGCUCCACGCCAGCGCUUCCUGUACAUGCAGAUUGUCAAUAAGAAGGUGACUCUGUACACGUACAACUGGUCGGUGGAUCUGGGCGUCUCUCUGAAUCAGGGUCUGGUCAGACUGGUGCAGUGGCAGAACGCCCGCGCACAUGUGGUCAACUGCCUCCUGAGUCAGAAAAUGGGCCUUUUCCAUCAUUACUGCUUCUCUGAUACGCCUACACUUGAGGACCUGAAACAGCAGGAGCCCAACCCGUUCCUGAGCUCCACGAUCGAGGCGGACGCUCUGUUGAGGAGUCCGGUUCCUCCGGCCGCGAGUAAGGAUCCGGGUCGGAUGGGCAGCUCUGCUCGUGCUCUUCCUCCUCUGGCCUUCCCCGGAGAACUCGUGCCCUUUGAUGAAGCCCCACUACUGGAGGUCAAAGCCGCUGAGCGCAGAGAGCUGGAGAGACAGAUGAAGAUUGAGAAUCUGUUUGUGACGUGGCAGCAGCGCUCGGCUCAGUCCAGCUUCACAAUCCCUCACACAUCACUCACACUGCUGCACGCAGGCUCUGGCCGUGUGAUAAUGUGUGAUGGCUGGAAUCUCUUUCUCUGCGUGUGUCUGGUGUGUGUCUGUGCUCAGGUGGCAGAUCUGGACACACUAAAGCAGUCCUCUCGACUGGUCCAUUACUGCGCCACUCCGCUGCUCUUCGACCCUGUCUUCCGGAAACAGAUUCAAGAGGAACAGCUGCCUCAGCCCCAGAUGAAGAAGCGGCAUCGCUCCAGUGACUCCACGGCGUCCGGCCGCGACCGCAGCUACAGCACAGAUUCUGCAGACACGCUUCCGAGUCGACUGAAGGAGGAGCCGUGGCUGCAGGACAUCUCCAGCAUGUUCCUGCAGCAGUAUGUGCAGUACCUGCAGAGCAUGGGCUUCAUCCUGGUGCAGGUCCGGCCGCAGUCGCCCGCUCGCAGCAUCGCACGAGCCCGAGCCGCCAUGUUGAGUUCUUUAUCCACUGAAGGCAGAUCAUCCUUCUCCUCUUUCUCAUAUAAUAAGCAGAAGAGUGAAGACAGCCCCAAGAGCAGCACGUCCAGCUCAGCAUCAUAUCACCUGCAGAGGGCGCUGCCAGGAGGAAUCGUCCUGAUGGAGCUGGCUUUUCAAGGCUGUUAUUUCUGCGUGAAGCAGUUUGCAUUGGAGUGCUCCAGAAUUCCCAUGGGUCAGACGGUUAAUUCUCAGCUGUCCAUGCUGUUCACCGAGGAGUGCGAUAAGGUGCGGGAUCUGAUGCACGUUCACUCCUUCAGCUACGACUUCCACCUGCGUGAUACCAACCAACACCCUUUUUGCAGUAACACAACCCUCCAUAACCAAUACCAGCUCACGGUGUUUUAUUUUUGUCAGUCAUGCAUAAUAUGCUUUUCAUGUCUCCUAGGGAGUUUCUCCAUAUCGACGGGAAUGAUCACAGCACAUCAGCUGUAUAAUUACAUCACUGAUCACGCCGGCACUUACGGGAUGAAGCCCUUGCGCAUGUCUAAAACUGCAGUUACCACUGAUAACAAAAAGGGGGCGCCGAGCGCAGACCUGCACGAGUACGCAUUGGUCGCUCUGUGGAACAGCUCUGGCUCAUUUAAAGACUUGGAGGGAUUGCGACACCAUGAUGACUUUGACGUGUCUCUGCUGGUUUGUCAUAACGCCGCCCCGUUUGAGGAGCAGUCUGAGGGAGAGAGACACCUGCUCAGGCUGCGGUUCUAUGUGAUCAUGACGAGUCAGAGGGAGCUGUUCCCGCGUCUGACUGCAGACAUGCGGCGCUUUAAGAAGCUUCCUCAGAUCCACCGUGACCCCGGCGACCUCAGCGGCCGCAUCCCUGUGGAGCAGAUGGAGGCUUGCAGCCCGGGGACGCGGGAAUCUGAACUGGACCUGUGGGAGGACACCACCGCCCCCGUCACCCCUCCAGCCAGUCCUGAAUCUGACCCCAUAGAGAGCCUCCUGCACGCAGGACAGGCCGGCCUCGCAGACGCAGACGACUCUCAGGGGCUGUUCUACCUGUGUCCUCUCUUCCCUCUGCUCAGCUCGGAGGUGCUGUCUGCGCGGCGGCAGAUUCAGAGCAGCGUGGAGCAGGCCAUGGGCCACUGCCGCAGGGAUAACCUCUGGAGGAGGCUCUUUCACGGAGAGCACUUGGCUCUGGAUAAGCUCAAACUCAGCAAGCUGGCCUUCGGUGAACUGGAGGAGCUGCUGGAAGCUGUGCAGAGCAGAUCGGUCUCUGAGAUUGACCCGCAGCUGGACUGUUUCCAGAAUAUGAGUCCGGCCUGGUACCAGAGUCUCAUCAAAGUUCUGCUGUCACGCUUCCCACAGAACUGCAGACACUUUAAAGACGACAGUGGCACACAGUACCUGGCCGUCCUGAACCAGAAGUUCACUGACUGUUUUGUGCUCGUUUUCCUGGACACACAGGCAGGAAAAACUAGUCUGAAGGUUGUUUUCAGGGAGCCGUUACCUGCGCAGACGCAGUCCAGCAGCAGUCCUCCACCGCAGCUGGUCUCCAUGUACCACCAUCUGGAGUCGGUCAUCAACACCGCCUGCUACAACCUCUGGACGGGCCUGCUGUGAACCUGUUCUGUCAGCGGUGCGUCAGACGGAGUCAAGAGUCUGACACCAGUUUGUGCAAAGAUUGAGCUUUGAGACGCCUGUCGCUCUUAGACUGAGACUGAAUGUGUCUUGCGUGUGUAAUGCAUGCUGUGUCGACCAGGUUGCAUCCAUUGCCGAUUAUAUUGCCAAUAUUUUGCACAGGAAAACAGCUAAAUGUGCCGCCCUGUUGAUUGGAGGGUGAUUAUCCGGGAGGGUGUAUUUAUAGCGUGUGAGACUCCGCUGGUUUGCCAAAGCCAUACUGUCCUUCUGUAGUCUAGUGUUCAGUUGUGCUUUGUUUUGUUUUUUUCCUCCAUCUCCUCUCAGUUGCCGUUGUUGUUUCUGUAGCCCGUGUGCAAUAGAUUUUUUUUUUUUUUUUUGCCUCGUUAUGCAUCACUUUGUGCAACAUGAUUGUCUUUACUGC